AUGGCACCUCCAGGACCCCGGAAGCGCAUCGUCGUGUGCUGUGACGGCACCUGGCUCAACUCGGAUGGUGACUAUCAAACACCGAGCAAUGUGACUCGAGUGGCUCGAGCCAUUCCUCCCAUCGGCGUCGACAAGUCCGUCACCCCUCACCAGCCAAUACCACAGAUCAUAUUCUAUCAGAACGGGAUCGGUACGGGCUCUCCAUCUUUGUACGACCGGGUCAUUGGCGGUGCCACGGGCGAAGGUCUUGCGGAGCAUAUUCGUGAAGCGUACAGCUUCAUCUGUCUCAACUACAACCAUGGGGACGAGAUCUUCCUGCUCGGUUUCUCCCGGGGCGCUUUUACCGCUCGUUCAAUUUCAAGCUUGAUCAACGCUGCUGGUCUACUCACCGCACUCGGUCUGGAAUACUUCGUCCAGGUCUUUGAAGACUGGGAGUACCAGCAGAAGAAAGACUUCAAGACCAAGUGGCCGGACUUUCCUUUCGCGGGCCACAAACCGCCCGUCGACCCGGACUAUCAGCAGAAGCUCAUCGACAAAGGCUUGACGAGGACGAAAAUCAAGGUCAAAUGCGUGGCUGUAUGGGAUACCGUGGGUGGAUUGGGCAUCCCCAUGAUCGGACUACUGCCACAACCGCCCAGCAGAGAUUUCGCCUUCGUCGACACACGUGUCGAGUCAAAUAUUGAGUAUGCCUUCCAAGCGUUGGCACUGGACGAACAUCGACGGUCCUUCUCCCCCACGAUCUGGGACUGGCCGCACGUGGAACACCACGAUCUGAAGCAGUUGAAGCAAUGCUGGUUCCCGGGUGUCCAUAGCGAUGUCGGAGGUAGUUACGACGACACGGCCCUCGCAAACCUCACUCUGGCCUGGAUGGUCAGCAACCUUGACCCAAUUCUUACCAUUGACCACGAUUACCUUAUGGACUGGAUCAAGCCAAUGCAAAAGGACGACCUGAGGCUCGUAGGCCGUCAUCAGACAUUCACGAAGAGUGGCGGUAUGGCUAUGGUCCAGAAUACGGUUCCUCAGCCUCGACCCUGGGGUCUUGGGAAGAUCCACAAUAGCAUGUCGUUCUUCUUCAGACUGGGCGGCUCCCGCACCCGCACGCCCGGCGAAUACCGCGAACAAGAACUGGCCUCCCAGCACGGCGUACUCUUCUGGAUGUUCUGGAAGAUCUUCCAUCGCGUGGUCAGGCCAUUCGAAGAUAGACACCAUGCCCUCCCACGACUCAGGCGUACUUGUGAAACCAUCCACAGCAGCGUUCGCAUCCGCAUGGGCAAGGACGGCCGCGGUUACGACGACAAAGGCAAGUAUGAUUCCGAAGCGCUGGAGGGCUGGGUCAUGCACGGCAUGGAGACAAACCCGGACACCCCCAUUGCACAGGGUGCUCCGGGUCCGGUCGGGCAGAUGAAGAACGUCGUCUGGAAGAAGAACGUCUACAAGGAAAAGCUCGUCGAGCCGCCCUCGCAGAACGGGGAGAAGAAGGGCAAAGUCCAGAUUUUCGAAAAGGAGGGUAAAACCGCCGUGGUUGAGCUUCCAGAAGAGCCGCUCGGCGCGUUCGAGCGGAGCAUACUCCAAAUGUGGCCGGAUAUCAUGAAGGACUUUGACACGAUCAUUCCCGGUAAGCACCAGCAGAGCGUGGACCGCGCGCAUACCGUGCCAUUGCAUGGCCACGCAGGAGGCGUCAGUAACGGCGUGGCGCCGUUGGUGGUGGACGACCCGCUAAGAUCGCAGAGUGGUAAGAGGAGGAGUGGGACUGCUUAG